AUGCGAUCAGACAAAUGCUCGCCCAGUCAAGUCACGAAGCGUGCUACAGCUUUACCUUUUCUAGAUUCGGAAGUCAUCCGUGACGACAAAGAUUUCGUCUUAUUUCAUGUGACUGCAAGUUUGAAUUCACUUCGCAAUUUUCUUCCAAGCUCCCAAGUGCUGAAGUACGAGCCACAAUGCAGCGUGGGUUUUUUCUUCUACUUGCUGUCACCGCCCUGCUCGCAUGCUGCGAUGUCGUUUCGGCCUCUACGAACGUUGGACUCAGCGGUCUCCAAGGCGACUUCUUCGGAUAUCGCUAGUGCCAUAUACCGUUUUUCGGGGAACAAAGGCGUUCGAUCCUUGAGAACCAGCGAGACUGACAAGGACUUGACCGAUGAAGAGCGAGGGAACAACUUCUACGAUGACAUGGCUACGUGGUUGUCGAGUUUGUCCGAACAAGUCGUCAUUAAGGCUGAGACGUCACCGAAGGUGCUGAAGUGGUUCACAAGAUCCAAAUCGAUCAAGCAACUCGCCGAGACAAAGUCUCUGACUCUGGAGGCUCUUCAACGUUCGCUCAUCGAAAAGUACACGGCUCUGGAAAGCGCGUUGAAAACCCCGGACGAUCUGUUCACGAUGCUGAAGCUCAACCCCGAAGUAGCUGCGAUUAAGAAGUUUGACCACAAGGUGCUGAGAAAGGUGUCUGAUGAUGAUUAG